AAGGAAAAAUAACUACAAGUCAUACUGAAAAAUGUUCCUCAAAUCGUUAAUUUUUGUAUUAACUUUUCAAUUUUCGAAUGGAAAUCCCGUGGAACAAGUUCACUUGAGUUUAAGUGGGAAGGCAGAUGAGAUGGUGGUGACGUGGCUGACACAUGAUCCACUGCCAAACUUGACUCCGUAUGCACUAUUUGGGCUUUCUCGGGAUGCAUUGAGGUUCACUGCCAAGGGGAAUACCACGGGAUGGGCUGAUCAAGGAAAUGGACAAAUGAGAUACACUCAUAGAGCAACUAUGCAAAAUUUGGUCCAAGGGAAAGUUUAUUACUACCAAGUAGGCAGUUCCCAAGCAAUGUCUUCCAUUUUCAACUUCCGCCAACCCGAUCAAUUCCAGCCCCUCCGUGCUGCAAUUUUCGGAGAUUUAAGUGUAGAUAUAGGCCAGGAAACUAUUGACUACCUAACCACAAAACGAGAUCAAUUGGAUGUAAUUAUUCAUAUUGGUGACUUGGCAUACAACCUUCAUGACCAAAAUGGAACAACUGGAGAUGAGUAUAUGAAUGUUAUUGAGCCAUUUGCAGCAUAUGUUCCAUAUAUGGUUUUCGCGGGAAACCACGAGUCGAACUCAAUUUUCAAUCAUAUUAUUCAUCGCUUCACAAUGCCUAAAAAUGGAGUAUAUAACGAUAAUCUUUUCUGGAGUUUUGACUUUGGAAAUGCCCAUUUUAUUGGCUUGAACUCAGAGUAUUACCCCGAGAAAAUGUCUAAAGAAGCUCAAGCUCAAUACAAAUGGCUCCGAGAGGAUUUGGAGCAAAACUCUAGGAAUUGGGUGAUUGUAAUGCUCCAUAGACCAUGGUACUGCUCAAAUGAGACACCGGAAGGAUGUAAUGAUGGUUGGGAUACCCUUCCAAGACAAGGACUCGGGAAGCUAUUUCCUGGAUUAGAGGAUUUAUUGAAUGAGUAUACAGUUGAUAUGGUAUUAUAUGGACACAGGCAUACUUACGAGAGAAUGUGGCCAAUUUAUAAUAAGAAUCCAUAUAAAUCAGAGAAUCCUGGACAUAUCAAAAAUGCACCUGCACCAGUUUAUAUUUUGACUGGAUCAGCGGGAUGCCACUCCCAUGAAGACCCAUCUGAUCACAUAAUGCAGGAUUUUUCUGUGAAAGCUCUCGGAGAAUACGGGUACACUUACCUUACCGUACAUAAUUCAACACAUUUGUUCACGGAUUUUGUGGAUACAUUCAGUGGAAAUAUAACUUCAUUAGACUCUUUCGUUUUGGAGAAGAACUCAACGUGAAAAUUGAUUUCUCUUGUUCAAUUGUAACAAAAAAAUUUUAGCGGUUUCAGUUAUGAUGUAUAUUUAUUAGUCCAUGUUAGUACAACAGUUCACUAGUUUAAAUAGUUCAAUUAGCAUGGAAAACAGCAAAACAAAACGACUACGAGUUUACUUAUAAUAAAAUCAAAGUUUUACCGUUUCAAACAAUACAAAUGACAAAU